AUGCAACCGCCGAGCAUGUGGUCGAUGUACACCUCGCAGGUCAAGACGCUGCGCCAGCAGCACUUGAAUCUGCUCGUCAAUGUGCCGCACCACUUUGUCUUUGACGACACGUCGGUGCUGCUGAAUCCCGCGGACGGAAUCCUUCAAGCCCACGGUCAAUACAGCAGUCCAGAUCAAGAAGGCCAAGACCAGGACGAUUAUGACGACGGUGCGCACCACGACGAUGACUCUGCGUUCUGGGAUGCCCAAUCCUCUGAGAACGGGUCGAGCUCAGACAUCAGCUCCUGCCUUUCGUCUUCGGAUCAUCAUCACCUUCAUCAUCAUCAUGACGAUCUUCUCUCUGGUAGUAAUAGUAAUAGUGUCCAGACUGCUUCCCCGCCAAUCCCAAUGAACGACUGGCGAUCCGCGUCACAAAACGGCAGCGCGCUUUCAUCGCGCGCAAUCACUCCAUCCGUACGUAGUGCAGUUGACUCUCGUGCCAGUUCACCAAGUUGCUCAUUGCGAGCUGAAGACCGGCCUCCGCGAUUGUUGUUUCUUGGUGUUCCUCGGGGUUUCCGAGAGCAUACAAUCAUGUCCGUGUCCCCGUCUCACCGCCCGUCCGAAGCGCCCGCGCAUUGGCAACAAAUGUGCCUUUUCAGCGCUCGUUCUACUGGGCCAUCACUCAUCCUGGCAAGUGGACAAGGUGGCCGAUUGAACGGCUGCGACGACCAGUCUGCCCCAGCGCGGCUGUCUCGUGACGAGCAACUCAGUCGCGAGCGCAAGCGCCAAAACGCUCUCGGAAUUACCUCGUUCGAGUUUCACAGUCACAGCGGCCGCGUGCUUUUUCCAAAGGACUCGUCAAUCAACUAUUGUGAAUCUCGCAAUAAUUCGCAGGCUGUUUUUUAUGAGCUGCAGUCCCAGCACCCAAGUGUGAGGCUGGAUUGCAAAUUUUCUAGUAAUCCAAACUUGAUAUCGUUCGUUCGAGAUGGCGACGUGUGGAUUGCCCUUCUUGAAACAGGCAAAGAGCACCGCGUGACAUUUGCGCGUCAAGAUGCAGCCGACGACAUCGCCAGCCACACAAAGUCUGCCGGAUUGGCAGAAUUUAUCAUGCAAGAGGAAUUUAGCCGGUUUACGGGGUAUUGGUGGCAGCCGCAACCUGAUGCGGCACCCACAACCACGCCUGUCGUGCACCGAAUACUGUUCAUGGAGGUCGAUGAAGCGCCCGUCGAUCUCAUUCAUAUUGGCAACUCGGCCCAACACGCGGAUGAGGUUUUGAGAUAUCCACGCACCGGACAAGCCAAUGCCGUAUCAGAAGUGAAAAUUGUUGAAUUUACGAUUUCGAAUGGCCGGCUCGUUGGCGAACUCGUGACUCGCUCGCUGCCUUGCGCGCUUUCUCGGCUUUUCCCUUGGUUGGAAUACGUUGUGCGAUGCAGCUGGACUCCCGAUGGCGAAUGGAUUCAAUUACAGCUUUUGGACCGAGCUCAACAGUAUUUGGUUCUCGUCGUUCUUCCGUUGAGCGCGUUUGCGACGCCUUCUUUCUCGAUGCACGGAAGCGUCACGCUCGCGGAUCUUGGCGGAUUUGUUGUUUGCGAAGAGUCUUCGUCCCAUUGGGUGAACAUUCUAGACUGUUGUAUCUGGACGAAAUCGCCGUCAAGCCCUGAACCCUCUCUCAUUUGGUGCAGCGAACGGACUGGAUUCGCCCAUCUCGAUUUCAUCACAUGCACUCGCAACGCAAGCGGAAUUGUCACCAACAGCACUCGUGUACCAUUGACUCAAGGCCCUUGGAUUGUUGAGCCUGGGCGUGUCUGGUGUGACGCUGUACGCGGCCUUGUCUACUUUUUGGGGACACGCGAUACACCGCUCGAGCUUCACUUGUAUGCGCUCGAUGUUCCGCUCCUUCGCGAUGUCUAUUGCCCUGCAAGCCGCUCCAGUUUGCCAGUGUUUCAACCCGUUCGCUUGACCGCGCUGGGGUAUUCCCAUGCAAUCACGAUGAACUCGACAUGCCAGUGGUACACGGACACGUUCUCGUCCAUAUCCGCUCCACAUUGCACUGUUCUAGUGCAUCUGCGAGUUGCCGAAGCUUCAGAACUAGCAUCGGGAGCCGUUCUUGAAGGCGCACCCACCUGCAAGUCGGGUGUUGCCGCAGUCAUGCAACUAGCUUGCUUGCUGCUUUCAAACCGCGCGUCUGGUGCACUUGCAUCGCUGCAGGCGCCGACCUUGGCCGCCCACGUGCAUGCGACCCUCUUUGUAUCAACCGCGUAUCCUCACUUUUCCGCGCCAGAGCUGUUUCAGGUUGCCCAUCACGAUGGCUUUGCAAUCCACGGACUGCUGUUCAAGCCUCGGGCUGAGCGUGGUGUCGCGAGUACUCCUUGUCCAACGGUGCUUUAUGUGUAUGGUGGCCCAUCACUGCAGAUGGUCACGAACGAGUACCAAGCUAGUACGCAACUCCGCUUGCACGUGUUAGCAGCCAUGGGAUAUGCAGUUGUGAUGGUGGAUGGCCGCGGGUCGGCGCGACGGGGUGUCGAGUUUGAGACGCAUCUCCAUGGCCGGCUUGGGCAAGUUGAAAUGGCCGAUCAAAUCAUGGCCCUGCAGCAUGUUGCUCUGCAGUCUGGCUUGAUUGAUCUUGACCGAGUAGCAGUUUACGGCUGGUCGUACGGCGGGUACUUGGCACUGAUGGGCCUGGCUCAGCACGCUGACUUUUUCCGAGCGGCAAUUGCAGGCGCACCUGUCUCGUGCUGGCGGUCGUACGAUGCUGCGUACACUGAGCGGUAUCUCGGCCUUUUUGACGAAUCCUCCUCGAGCAUUUACAGCCAUGCGUCCGUCAUGAACUACAUUGACGGCUUUCCAGACGAAGAGGACCGUCUGUUGAUUCUCCAUGGUCUGAUUGACGAGAAUGUGCACUUUUCCAACACGGCUGCGCUGGUGGAUGCGCUCGUGUUUGCCGGCAAGCCGUACCGAUUGCAAGUGUACCCAAACGAGCGCCACGGCAUCCGCCAUUUGAGCUCCUCCGAUCACCUUGAAACGCUCCUGUUGACGUUUCUUGGUAAAGUGCUCGCCCGUCGAUGACAGUCCCUGCUUGGAGUUGGUUGUUGUUGUUCGAGCCGAGAGAGCGACGUGAGAUUCGGUGUUUUUUUUUUCCGUUCUUGUUCUUGUUUGUUUGCUGAAACCUGCUUUUGCCGCCUGGUUCGAUGUGAAAUCCGGUUUUUUUAUAGCUUUCUCA